GAGCCAGCAUGUCUGCAGCAUUAGACAGCUACAAACACGUGAGCUAUGUUAUUUUCGACAUGGAUGGAUUGUUAUUAGACACGGAGCGACUGUACACUGUGUCCUUUCAGCAAGUCUGUGACCGCUUUGGAAAGCAAUACACUUGGGACGUGAAGUCAUCAGUGAUGGGGAAAAAGGCUCUGGAUGCUGCCCAAAUGAUCCGGGACGCUCUGGAGCUUCCCAUGACAGCUGAAGAACUUCUUGCCGAAACCAGAGAAAUACAAGAGAGCAUCUUUCCCUCUGCCAAACUCAUGCCAGGUGUGGAGAGACUGGUGCACCAUCUGAAGAAGCACCGGAUCCCGAUCGCAGUGGCCACCAGCUCAGCUGGCGUGACGUUCAAGUUAAAGACGAGCCAACACGAAGACUUCUUUAGUCUGUUCGACCAUAUUGUCCUGGGUGAUGAUCCCGAGGUGAAGAACCACAAACCUCAACCCGACUCUUUCCUAGUCUGUGCCAGCAGAUUCAACCCCCCGGCUUCUCCAGAGAAGUGUUUGGUGUUUGAAGACGCUCCCAACGGCGUGAAGGCGGCGCUGGCUGCGGGGAUGCAGGUGGUGAUGAUUCCGGAUGACAACCUGGACCCCGGCCUUACCCAGGAGGCCACGCUGCGACUCAGGAGCAUGGAGCAGUUUGAGCCGCACCUCUUUGGCCUGCCCGCGUUGGAAUGAGCCAGAAUCCCGAAAAAAAAGGGAGAUUUUUUGUCAAAAAGUAAGAUCUUUUUUUGUUAAAGCAGGAACGAUAAUUCUAUAAAAAUGUUCGAACGCAGCAAAUUGGCUUGCUCGAUAAAAAAGGCGGCGAGCAACUUGGCAAGAAGUGUGACGCAAAUUGCAAGAGGUUAGCAGAUUUAGAAAAAAAUUGUAAAAACCUAUGCACAGAAUUAUGUUAAUUAUAUAUUUAAAAGUAAUUUACGGAUUUUUGAAAGUGCAUUUUCUUCCAGGUUAUGUCCUUUUUUAAAAAGUACAAGAAAAUUGGCUGAAAAUUUGUAAAGAGAAACACUAAAAAGGUAAAGAAUCGAUAGAAAAAUAGAGAAAUUGCCUACAAAAGGUAAAAGGUAAUUUUUCCUUUGUUUCUUUUUCUUUUUAUCCCAAACA